CUAGCAUGAGUAUCCGGACAUCCUGGUCUUUGCUCCAGCGUACGAGGGACGAGAGAGAAUUGAAAAGAGACGAUAUUGAGAGGCCCAUGGGAUCGCAACGUGAGGGUAAGGAAUGAAAUGCUUGGCCUGCUGGUCCUUCUGCUUAGAAAUGCCAGGACAACCACGUGCCAGAUCAAAUUCACUAUCCACCGCACUCAUCCAAAUGGGCGAGGAUAAACCAAAGAAAAAGCACACAGAACGCGACGAGAAGACCUUGGAUGAUGCCCAGGUAGUAACAUCCGCCGAGAAGGAGAAAAAGAAGAAAAAGAAGCGGUCGGAGAAAGUAGAAAAGGCGGAAAAGUUGGAUGAGGAUGAAAAUAUGGCGCCAAGGAAAUCAAAAAAACGAAAGCACUCCGAAGCAGAAUCGGACGAGACCGAAAUCCAGCCCAAGAAAAAGAAACAUAAGAAUAAAACCGGCUUUCUUGAUCCAGCAGAGGAUCCGUCGUUGUCAGAGCAAGCGCGAAGAGCACUCGAAUAUGCGUUCACACAAUUUCGACAUCCUAAACGCUGGAAAUUCCACAAGGCGAGGCAGAAUUGGCUCAUACGCAAUGUAUGGUCUACCAGUGCCGUUCCAGAUACUCACAUGCCCUUGGUUUCAAAGUAUCUUGCAGGUGUUCAGGGCGGAGUGAGGGAAAAUCUCGUUAAAACGUGUCGCUCUCACGUCACUGAAGCUGGAGAAUCUGCACCAAACGAUGAAUCACCCCAGGGCACCAGUGAGCAGGCGCUCCCGGAGUCCAAACUCAAAGAGCUACGUGCUAGAGUGAUCCUCUGUGUUCUGGAGGCUACUUCAUCAUGACAGAUGGCUCCCAGGUCCUGAAUGUUUCUUUCUUGGUUCUAAUGUCGCUCCCAGGCUUUUCGA